CAGGUUCCAAAGUAGCAAUUUGAGGUGUUUGUGAAUGGCAUGGCAAAAGAAAAUGCUGAACUCAAUUUUUUUAACAAAACGGUAAUUCCCUAUUCACUGGGAGGUGUUCCCUAUUCAAUGGUGCCAACACCCAAUACAGUCCGGGAGUUAUCAGCAGGCUAGCCAAUUUUUUUCGUAAGUCCUAGUCCAGUGUGUGCAAAUCUGGGAUUGAAUGAUCUUGUCAAAUUAGGUCUUUGAAAACUCAUGGUGGAAACCGAACCUGGUCGUGCUAAUAAAUCGGCGUUUUGCCGUGCAUGUGAUGAUUUUAAAACAUGGGCUAAAUUGCAAAAAGGACAAAAACAAGAAUCGGAGAAAGAGAAACAAGAUACACAGGUGUCAGAAGUUGGUUCUGUGGUAACUGAGGUACACUCGAAUUGUCCACUGGAUAAAGAUGAGCUCGGUCGAUCAACAUGGGGUCUCUUGCACACAAUAGCUGCCUACUACCCUGACAACCCCUCCCAAGAAACCAGGGACGACGUGCGGAUAUUUUUUGAGAAGUUUGCCAAACUCUAUCCUUGUCGAUCAUGUGCUGACCACUUCAGGGAACAGAUAACCUCGUUUCCCCCAAGAGUUUCGAACCAGCAGACGUUAUCACGAUGGCUGUGUGACAUGCACAACUUGGUCAACCAGCGGACUGGCAAACCGAUCUUUGACUGCUCCCGGGUGAACGAGAGGUGGCGUGACGGUUGGCGGGACGGCUCCUGUGAUUAGGCUAGCAAUAGUUUAUAUUAUAUACAUUAGCAACUUUUUACAAAAUAUAUGCACAAAUUCCAUUAUUCUA